AUGCAAGCUCCCUCCACGUCCCAACGACCGAUACAACGGCGGUCGCCCGCCGCAGACCCAGGCCCUCCUCCUAACGUACCGGCGCGAGUGCUGUCUCCUAGGCCUAGAUCUCAGCCGCGGAUGUCUUCCUCAUCGGCAAAGAGCACUUCAAGUGGUGGCGGGAGAAGACCGAAUGCGAAUCCUUCCCAGACAACCCAGAAUGCUCCUCCGCUGUCCCAAAUAGAAAAGAGUGUGACGCAUCUCCUUGUUGCGACGAAGCAACUCCUCGAAACCCUAACACAAUGGUCCCGACACCUGGCAACCGAUGCGCAAGUAUCCGAUGUGUAUGUACGGCUGGGGUAUGAGUUCAAUAUUGCAUGCAGAGCGUUCACAGCCAUCAACGUUGAUACUUCUGAUCUGGGAAAUGUGCCGGAGCUUUUGCGCCACAUCCUCGAGUCCACUCUUAGCCAGGAAGCCAGCGUCGAGAGCCUGGAGAAAUACCUACCUCGGAUCAGGGACAUCAUCAUAAAUUUACUUCAUGGGUUGAAGAGAAAGCAACAGAAAUUACGCCAGAAACAAUCGAGGGAUGGCACGGUUCAGAACAAUGAGGGCCCAGUGCCCCGGAAUAAUAGUAUUACUAGUGUGGCAAGCGGGAAUACCGGUCUCACCACAUUGUUGGACCAGGGCAUCCAGAACAAUUUCCAGGGCGAUGGCAUGGCAAACAUCAGAGACAGUGCGACCGCAAAUGAGGUAAAUGUGCCGCCUCGGAUGUCGUCACAACCUAUAAAUCGUAGAGGGCUUCCGACAAGAGACCAGUCACGCGGUUCGAUGGCUUCCGACCAGUCUACAUUAUCGAGCACGACGAUGCAGAAUAUGCCGGUUAUGCCACCUUACCCAGGUGAUGAGGUAUCUAUGCCCUCAGGUCCCCAACCCACAGAAUUCGCUGUGGACUCUUUUCCACCCCCGCCUCCACCUAAAUCUACACAAAACGCACUUGAAGCUCUCCAAAGAGGUGGUGAUCUUGAGAGAAGGGCUUCCAGGCGGUACUCAGCCUAUCAGAUUUCCAGGCACCUUGGCGCGUCUCCUAAUGGCUUGCCUAUGCUGCCUCCCGCCCAGAAUUCUCCAAUCCCUAAUAGAGGUAGGAAUGACGCCCGAGAAUCUAUGAAAGCAGUUCAAACCCGAGGAGAGCAACGGCAUGCACGAAAUCCCUCGGCGCGUUUAGCCACAGACCGUUCUCCAGCUCGUGUUCCGAGUCGCAUAUCAGAAGAAAGCUCAAAUGCUCCUCCUCCUGCCAUAGUACCGCCCAGCGAGCCUGCGCUAGAUGACAGCCCUAUUGCAAAAACUCCAGACGACAAACUCAGACAGUCUGUCGUGGAUUUCGGUGAUUCCGCACCCAGCGCAACAUUGCAGGGGCCGCCAGCCGACGCAUUCCCUAUACUCCCAGAGCCUACUCCUGACUCUCCAACCUCCUCAUCAUCUACAGUGACCGAAACGCCAAAACGCCAACAAGCGGCAGCAGCAGCAGCAAGACAAACGCCGCCGUAUCAGAGUCAGGAUAGACAGUUCACCCCAGAACAAUCACCCACGCCUGGAAAGGAACUAACGCUCUUCUUACAAUACAAAACGAAAGUCAAAAAGUUUGUCUUGCCAGAUGGAUACAACGAUCUGUCAAAUGCUAGGUUGCAGCUAGCUUUUAUUGAAAAGUUUGCAUGGAACACGCAUAAUAAUGGGGUCGACCUGCCAGAAAUAUACAUUCAGGACCCAGUCUCGGGUGUACGCCAUGAGCUUGAGGAUUUGAACGACAUCAAGGAUCGCUCGGUGUUGGUUCUGAACGUCGAGGUUCUAGAUGAGGUCAAGCGCCAUAUUGAUGAAGGACUUGGUGGUAUUAAGAAAAUUGUCGAGGGUGUCCGAACGGCUGUCGAUGAUCAACAAGCCUCUAUACAGCGAGUCUCGGAUCGCCAACAAGAUGCCGCUAAAGAGAUCGCCCGAUUAGGAUCCGCACCAGCCAUGUCCUCGCGGGUAUCCUACGCUGACAACAAGCCACGUAUGAAUGGUGGUCUCAUUAGUCCAUCAAAGGUCAACAGCCAGGCUCAGCUAAGCGAGAUCCAGAGCCUGCGUCGGGAUCUUGCAGUUCUGCGGCAAACUUACUCUGGCUUCCAAUCUGACAUACAGAGUUCGAUGUCUGCCAUUCGGACGAAGGCGAGCUCUGUUAAAAGCGUUGCUGUCACAGCUGCUAUACCCGACAUCAAAGGGGAGUCUGGUCGCGCAUAUGUUAAUGCCGGAAAGAAGAAUCUUAACGAAGACUCCGAUAAACUUGUUCCCCUUGUUGAUGACCUCCAAGACAUCGUCGAAGACCUCCGCAAGGAUGUUGUUCUCCGCGGCGUCCGCCCUCUACCACGCCAACUCGAGACCGUGGCCAAAGAUAUCUCUCAAGCUACAAUGGAAUUAAAGAAGAUGCAAGACUUCCUGAAGCGUGAACGCCCCAUCUGGACUAAGAUUUGGGAGAAGGAGCUUGAAACGGUUUGCACUGAUCGUGAGGAAAUGACGAUGCAGGAAGACCUAGCUGCGGAUCUUCAAGAUGAUCUGGAGAAAGCUACCCAGACAUUCGCAUUAGUUGAGCAAGCUACGAAAGAGCAGAUGAAGGAUACCCCCGCCAGCCAGGCUGGUCUCCGCGGUAUCUCUAGAGGAUUGAACCACGUCGUCACCGCCGACCCUGCUGCCGCAAAAGAGGGUGUAUUAGGCGAAGUUCGUGCUUUGCAACCCAACCACGAGAACCGCCUCGAGGCAAUUGAGCGCGCCGAGAAGCUCCGCCAGAAAGAACUCGAAGGCCGGCGAGGUGGCGAAUUCCAAAAAGAACUUGGUAAUUUUGUCGAGGAGGGACGAUUAAAGAAAGCAGGUGGCUUUGAGGAGGUUGAACGGGCAAGGAAAGCCAAGGAUGAUAGAAUAAGGAAAGAGGUGUGGGAGAGGCAGAAUGGCAUGACGCAGGCUGAUGCCUUUGUUGCUGAGUCUGCCGCCGAGCCUACGGCCGAAGCACCCGCCGAGGAUGCCGCCGAAGAGAUGAACGCCAGGGGUAAUGGGGCGGUUCCUGAUAUUUAG